GCAUUCAACCAACCACCUCCAACCCACUCCAAAUACCCCCACGAAUCUAUCCUCAAAAAAACUAAAAAUCAUGGAAUUUCAACGUCCCCAUUUUAUUUUGCUAAUAAUCAUCCUACUAACAUCUUCACCUUCAUCUUCCUCUGCUCAAUCUCUCUCCUCUUUCUCCACCUCAAACUCCCCAUGGAAUCCCUCUCAAAACCGCACCCUUCUAUCUCGAAACACCGCCUUCGCAGCCGGUUUUCGACGUUUACCCGCUUCAUCAAACCUCUUCGUCUUCUCAAUUUGGUACUCCAAUACAUCUGAUCAAACCAUCAUUUGGUCAGCUAAUUGGGAUUCCCCUGUUAGAGCAGCAGCUUCCUUGAUCAUCACUUCUAAUGAUGAUCUUCAGCUCAUCAACGGGUCUUCUGGCCCGAUUAUCUGGAACACCACAACUACCGCAAACUCGAGCUCCACCAGAUUAAUUCUUAGGGAUGAUGGGAAUUUGGUGUUUGGUUCUUGGCAGAGUUUUGAUCACCCAACUGAUACUUUUCUCCCAAAUCAAACGUUCGGAAACGACACCGUUUUGGUAUCAAGGAAUGGGAAGUUUAGUUUUAACGGGUUGGGAAAUUUGCUAUUUAACGGGUCGGAUUCGUAUUGGUCUUUGGGUAAUGGGAUAGUGAGUUUUGGCGUUGAUGGGCAGGUCCAGAAAGAUGGUGGAGGCCCACUAAUUUUAGCAGAUUAUGGGCAGAACCGAACCCGAAGACUUACCAUGGGUGAUGAUGGGAAUCUUCGUUUCUUUAGUUAUAACCCGGUUACGAACACAUGGGUUCCUGUUUGGGUAGCUGUGCUAGAGGUGUGCCUAGUGCAUGGUUUAUGUGGGCCGGGUUAUAUUUGUUAUAGUAAUGGGUCAACUUUAUCAGGUUACCAAUGUUUAUGCCCGCCUGGUUUUAGGCAAAGUGCCGGGUCGGACUCAUGUGAGAGAAAGAUUCCAAUUGUUGAUAUGGGUAGAAGCAAGUUUUUGAGGCUUGAUUAUGUUAAUUACUCAGGAGGGUCGAAUCAAACAAGCUUGAAUCUUUUUAACUUGGAUCAUUGUGAGUCUAGAUGUAGGAAUAACCGAAGAUGCCUCGGGUUCGGAUUUAGGUUUAAUGGGCUGGGUUAUUGUGUGCUCCAACUCGACAACAUCAUGAACGGCUAUUGGUCUCCGGGUACAGAGAUGGCCUUUUAUCUUAGAGUGGACAACUCUGAACUUGACCCGAGUAAUUUCACGGGCAUGUCAGAGGUGUUGGAUACUACAUGUCCAAUCCAGUACAGCUUACCGGAUCCAUCUGAAGAGUCGAACGGGACAACCCGAAACAUAAUAAUCAUAACUAUCCUUUUCGGCGUUGAAAUUGCUGGUGGGGUGUUCUUAUUUCGGGCCUUCUUAAAAAGGUAUGUGAAGUAUCGAGAUAUGGCCCAAACACUUGGGCUUGGGCUAUUGCCCACAGCAGGCCCAAGAAGGUUUAGCUACGCUGAAAUAAAAUCAGCAACAAAUGAUUUUUCAGUAGAAAACAUCAUAGGAAAAGGUGGGUUUAGUGAUGUUUACAUAGGGAAGUUGCAUGACGGGCGGCCCGUGGCAGUGAAAUGCUUGAAAAACGUUACCGGUGGCGAUGCGGAGUUUUGGGGUGAAGUGACAAUUAUUGCACGUAUGCACCACCUUAAUUUGGUUCGUUUAUGGGGCUUUUGCAAUGAGAAAGGUCGUCGUGUUUUGGUGUACGAGCAUGUUCCCAACGGGUCACUUGAUAAGUAUCUCUUUAUGUCGGGCCAUGUUGUACCGGACAUAAGAGAUGAUAAUACGAAUGAGAUAGAGCUCAUGCCAGGCUCAAAUCAAAAGCCCAUACUUGAUUGGAAUAUAAGGUAUAGGAUUGCUCUUGGUGUGGCAAGAGCAAUUGCAUAUCUACAUGAAGAGUGUUUAGAAUGGGUACUACAUUGCGACAUAAAGCCAGAGAACAUACUCUUAGGGGAUGAUUUUUGCCCAAAAGUUGCUGAUUUUGGGUUGUCAAAACUUAAGAAGAAGGAACAGAUGGUAACUAAGUCGAGGAUUCGUGGGACACGAGGCUACCUAGCGCCUGAAUGGAUAAAAAAUGACUCGAUCACGUCUAAAGUUGAUGUGUUUAGUUUUGGUAUGGUGUUGUUAGAAAUUGUGACAGGGGUAAGGAAUCUACUUCAAGGACCUUCAACUUCUAUCCCAAGUGAUGAAUGGUAUUUGCCUCAAUGGGCAUAUGAAAUGGCAAUUGAAGAACCAAGGUUUGAGGAAAUAUUGGAUCGUAGAAUCAUACACUCUUAUGAUAAUAAGACACAUUUUAAAUUGAUUGAACGAAUGGUGAAGACAGCAAUGUGGUGUGUUCAAGAGAGGCCAGAGAAUAGACCAUCCAUGGGGAAGGUGGCUAAAAUGCUUGAAGGCACUGUUGAAAUUAUGGAACCACCAAAGCCAACUAUUUUCUUUAUAGGAGGGGAUAAUUAGCGAUAACAAAAUAACAAAUAUUUCUUGUAAUUGUUGUAAUGUUAUAAUUUACCUUAUGUAGUCUUAACUUUUUGUUUAUA